UGGACUGAAUCACAGAUUUCCUGUACUUCCUAUUAUAUAACUAUAAAUACUUUUGACAUAACAUUUGGCGGCAGAUUUGGGGGCCAGUCCUGAGGCUCUCUGUUUACAUCCAGGGCGGGUCUCCCUCCCUCCGUCCCUCCCUCCCUCCACUUUCUCACUCCCACCGCAACUUUUCCCGCUGAGGUCCAGGUGAUAUUAGCGCCACUGCUGUUGUCACCCCCCCUUCCUCCCAGGGGCCUCCAGCCACAGAGCUAACUCUGCAUUAUACUGGAGACAAAGCCGUGGUGAUUGAAUUCAAGGUAGAUUUCUAUUCACAGAGAUGAUGCAAGGUGUCUCAGUGGGACAGGAAGCAGGGGACAGGCAUGGGCUCGGAAAGUUACAGACAUCGUCUAUAAGGAAGAAGCAGUCACUCGUUUGAAUAAAUCUAGGCAACAUAGGUAUUCUUUAAGCUGUGUCAAGGUAGUCUGUACUUAAAAGUUAAUACAGAAGUUUGCAUUAAUUGUAAAUACUAAAAGUAGGUAGUGCAAUCUCUGAGUUGAGUGCGAUAAGAAAUGUAAAACCCGUUUCUGAUCCUGCUCCGGGAAUUAUCCGCAGAGUGAGACCUCUGUCUCCUCCUCCACUCUUUGUUUCCCCCGGAAUCCUGCACGGAGCGCGCCUGUUGCCCCGCCAACACCACGACGGGGCGUGGUAAUCUGGUAAAAACCGAGACGCGCACCCCAGCGCGACGACGCUGACUGGCUGGAGCCAAAGGACGCCGCCCACCGCCCGGGCGCUGAUUGGCUGGAGCGGGCCAGAGGCCGGAGAGCGCCAGAAAACAAGCUUGAGCGGGUGAUGCUGUCUCCUGAGGACAGAUCAGAGUGUCCCCUCCGCAAGACAGCACCGUGCAGGACCUGAGACACGGAGGACUACCCGAUUAUUUCCCAGAGGCUAUGUCAGUGUGGAGGAACUGACGAGCGUGUGACACGGAGCCAGGACAGGAACAUUUCAUCCAUUCAGCAGAGAACAGUGAGGUUUCCCUCAUGGAAGUUGAAUGCCUCGCACUGAGAGACCUCACGAGUCCAAGGAAAAGUGUGACUGUGGUGACAGAGGAGGAUGGAGACCGGGCCGAACAAAAGGAAAACAUCUGCACAGAGAGGAGGAGAGCCACUCCGCUGAAAUCGUCAGAGUCUGCCGUCCCUCCUCUGCUGACGAACAGAAAAGGUGCAGCCGCUGACCUGGCACACAUCACACCCAUCAAGCACGCCACCGCAGCCGAGCCCUGGACCCCCACGGCCAAUCUUAAGAUGCUGAUCAGCGCGGCGAGUCCGGACAUUAGGGACCGAGAGAUGAAGAAGGUGCUGUUUAGGCCCAUAGAGAACGAGAAGGAGAAGCCUGCAAGUCCAGAUACCGUGAUGGAGGACACAGAGGUGGAAGACUCUUGUCAAUUUGAAGCUGUGGAUGAAGAGGAUGAGGCAGAGAAAAAGCCCAGCAGGAAGCAGAAGAGUCUGGGUCUGCUGUGCCAAAAGUUCCUGGCCCUCUACCCCGAUUAUCCGCCACCUAACAGCCCCAUCUGGAUCUCACUGGACGAGGUGGCGACCAGAUUGGGAGUGGGAAGGCGGCGUAUUUAUGACAUCGUCAAUGUGCUGGAGUCUCUGACAAUCGUCGGCCGUAUAGCCAAAAACAGCUACACCUGGUAUGGGCGCCAGCAGCUGGAGGCCACGCUGGAGGAGCUGCAGCGGAGGGGCCGGCAGCAGGGCUACCACCUCCAGAUGGAGCUGGCUGCAGAGGCCAGGGAGGCGGGGCCAGGACGCGAGGAUGACGGAGGGGAAGGAGACGUUGGCAACGCCAGUGGCAACAGGAAGGACAAGUCUCUGCGGAUCAUGAGCCAGAAGUUUGUCAUGCUGUUCCUGGUGUCUAAAACUCAGACUGUUACCCUGGACGCAGCAGCAAAGAUCCUGAUUGAGGAUAGUCAAGACUCUUCAAGUCACAGCAAAUACAAAACUAAGGUGCGGCGACUGUAUGACAUCGCCAAUGUCUUGACCAGCCUGGGCCUCAUAAAGAAGCUGCAUGUGCGUGAGGAUAAAGACAGGAAACCGGCCUUCAAGUGGCUCGGCCAGGUUGAAUUCAACAACUCUGGAAGUGCCGCAGUCACUCCUGCCUCCACACAGCCAAUGGCACGCCAGGACCCCAGAGGAGCCAAGAUGGCACGUCACGCCUCCUUCAACAUCACACCAACAUCUGUGGCAGUUAAACGGCUGGUCAAGUCGUCCCCAAGCAGCCCGCGACCAGAGCUGACAGGUCUGCCAAAUCAGCCUGUGGAUUAUUCCAGGAAGGCUGCCGGCCCCAACGCAGUUUAUCGACUGCAGUUUGGAAACAGCUCUGAUAUCCGUCCCAGUGCGGCGCUGCAGCCUCACAGCAGCAGCAGCAGCAGCCAUCCACCUCCGUCCUCCGCCCAGUCCACCCUGCUGACGCCUCCCCCCCCGCCCGAGUACCUCUUCACCCCCUCCACCUCCUCUCCCCACUGCUUAGCCUACCUGCCCAGCCUGUCGCAGCCGUCGGUGGUGAUGCUGUAUGGGCCGUUAGACAAGUCUCACCCGAUGCCUGAAGGUCAGAGGUCACCCGUGUCAGCGUCUGAGGAGGGGAGGAAGAGGAGGAGGGAAGAAAGCGAGGAGGAGGAGGCAGUGGUGAAAAAGAAGGGAAUGUCUGGGUUAGAGGAAUGUGACAAGACGGGAGCUGAACCUCAGAGGGAAGCAGAGGAGUGUUUCACCAGAACUUCUGCGACAGGCCCCGGCAGAGCGUUCGAUGAAAGCAGCAGCAGUGAGCCCGCCCAGCCGUCACACUACCUCUACGUACCCAACAAUGCAGGUCUGAACAGCCUCAACUUCUUCCUCUCUGCGGGCCAGUCCCCGACCAGUCUAGCACUUCCUCCCGGCGGUGUUCCCACCCUGGCGCUGCCCUACGUCCUGGUGCCCUCCGCCGCCCUCUCCCACUACCCUCUGGUUGCCGGCGGGCUACAACAGCAAGGCUCGGACAGCCGCGCCAAACUCAGCUUCAGUCUGCCCGCAGUGAUGUCACCGGCCCACUUUACAGUAGGGGCGGCGCCUUACAGCCUGGCGGCGGCGGCGCCUGACGUGAGCUGGUCGCCGGUUCCAUCGCCGUCCACUCCGGAACAAAGCAAGCAGUACGGGUCAGCUCCACAUUCGCCACAGGGACCCAGACAGACUGUGAGCAUCAGCACACCAGAACCACUGACUCCACAUACUCCAAAGGACGCCACAGCAUCUGCUUCCAAGGCCUUCUUCCAGACGCCGGGGACCCUGGGAAGUGUAGUCAGCGCUGUUCCUGCUGCACGAAAAAGAGGCUCAGCGCAGAGGAGGCUGGACGUCGGCCACCCUCCGACUAGUUAAAGCUCAUGAGGUGGCUCAAAUACUAUUGUGUCAUCCAGGUACUGAAGCCGGUGGUGCUGUUUUUAGUUGAUUUAUAAAUGAAUUAAGAGUUUCCUUCUGAAGUGUAAGAAUAUCAUUUUUUAGCAAAAUACUGUUUGUUGAGGCCUAAAAGAGUCCGACAUAUUUUAACAACUACAUUUUUACCAAACUCUUCCACUAUUGGUCGUUAAACGCUUCAAACGUGUCCCUCGGUUCUGGUCCUGAUGUUGGAAACUUGAUUUCAGUGAACAAGUGAAGCAGUAUUACCAAUGUAACAGUGCCCUCCUGUGGUGGGAGUCAGCCACUGCUGUAUUUUGUAUUGACAGUUCUCCCUCUCAGAUGUGAUCAAAUCAAAAAAAAAAGCCCCCGUCACUUGUGUAUUAUAGCCCAAUUGCUAUUUAUAAUUUAGCUAAUAUAUGUCUAUUACAGGGACUGUAAUGGAACCAUAACUGUUUUUGUAGCACUAAAUCUUUGGAUGAAUGUACGUGUCAUUCUUGAAGCGAUCGUCUUUAGACAAUCCUCUCUUAGUUCAGUUCCGACAUUACUGUGAGGAGAGAAUCACUAAAGCCUUAACUGUUUACAGCCAGAGAGACUGUGUUCACGGACAGUUCUCCCACGUCCUGACGCACAGGGAAUGCAUUGAUCUACUCAUCAGGAAGUUAAACGUUGCUGGUGCUGAGGAUUUACAACCAUAGUGCUCUAUGGUUCAACACCAAACCCUUUAGCUGUGUUACUAAAGGACUGUGACAUGGGACGAUGCUCUCAGGUACUUGAAUACUUGUUUUACUAGAAGUAGCUUCUUGAGAGAUAUCAGAGUACUGUAAAGAUUUUUUGUAUCCAUUAUUUAUCCAGGGAAAGUACACGGAGCUUUGGCCGUCUUUUUAUUUUCAAUAUUCACAUGGUCAAACACAUUUUGGAAGAUCUCCAGUACCACCACAGUCUGCUGUCGGCUGGGGGCGUUGGGGUUUAAGUGCCUUGCUUAAAGGCACUUCGCUGAGAGAAGGGUUUUCAGGGAUUUGUGUCGACAAUCCUCUGGUAACAGAUCAACCAACUCACCUCUGGACAGCCCAGCCAAAACAAUACGUGAAUGAAAAAUGGAGCUUUUGAGCUGAGCUCCGCCACAGUGCGCGCAGAGAAUCCGCUCUGCAUUAACGUACAGUUACAUGUCCAUGAUUAUUUCUCUUUUAUUCAGUGUCAUGUCAUAAUUUCACAGUGCAGAACAUGAACUGCUGCUUUAUUGUUUUGAGAAUAAUGAGAAUUGCACUGCUAGUUUGAAUAGGUUCUGUCUAACUUCACUGCGGCUCUGUGUGGUUUAACCGCUUCUCUUCUGUUUCUCACUUCACACAAAUAAAAAGAAACGAUGCCGACUA